AUGCCACCCAGGCGACCCCCCGGCCCCGCCAACCUGCGUGUGCGCGAUCUGCUGUUUCUAGGCUUCAUCGCACCCAUUGCAGCUGGUCUGCAGCACCAGCCCAAUGUCUCCCCCGAACAGUACGCCGACGAUGUAUCCUCCGACCCGGCGUUGUCGGCUGCAGACCGACGAUGGCAAGAAACCGUCGCCCACUCUCUACACACUCCGCACAGUCACAGCGGCCAGCGAGGCUUCCGUGACACCGAUGCGGACGUAGAUCAACACCACCAACAACAAAAAGUAGUGCGAGCAUCCGCCAACCAUGGCGCCCUUGCGACUGUGUCCUCUCGCGCAAACAUCAACGCGGUGAGCGGACAACCUCCUGCCCAGUUGACGCCGGCAUCCUCCGCCGGUCUCACCUCGCGACAACAGGCGCGGUCUCUGCAGGAUUGGCAGGUCGAGGACAUUAUCCUCCUGGCGACAGUUGACGGAAAGCUCCACGCCCGUGACAGAACCACUGGCGCCCCAAGAUGGACGCUGGAAACCGACAGUGAAGUAGUCGAGACCAUACGUCAUCGUCGGGAAAACAAGACCUUGGACGAGAAGGGACAAGAACAGGAAGACCCAUUGUUCGUGAUAGAGCCCUCGCAGGAUGGCAGCAUCUAUGUGCUGGCGCCCGGGCUUGGAUUGUCGAGACUGGGAUUGACAGUGAAACAACUGGUCGAAAUGUCACCGUACGCCAACGACGAGUAUCCGGCGGUAGCGUACACGGCUGAGAAGAAGAAUACAUUGUACACCGUCGAUGCUGCCACCGGAAACAUCUUGAAGACCUUCAGCUCAGCUGGAUCCAUCGUCAACGAUGACAGGAGCUGCCGAAGAGCCAGUCCGCUCGAUUUGGAAGCAACGGAAUGUGAACCAAUGGGUACAAUCACCCUGGGCAGAGUCGACUACACGAUUGGAGUGCAGGACAGAAACACCGGAGAGCCCAUCACCACGCUCAAGUACUUCGAAUGGGGUCCCAACAAUCGUGACAACGAUCUACGACGAGACUACGAAGAGGCCAUGGACAGAAAGUACGUAGUGUCCAGGUACGAUGGAAGCAUCCUUAGCGUGGACCUCCAACCAAAUGGGCAUUACGAAUCUGCAGCGGCAUUGCCCAAGCCACGAUACAAGCAGAAGUUCCCCACUCCGGUGGUGAGAGUCUUUGACAUUGUCAGGCCGGUGGACGACCUGUCAGGCAACGCAGCUCUUGUCAUCCUUCCACAACCGGACACACGCAAGAAGAUCGAGACAGACGAGGAAUUUGAAAAUGUGUGGGUGGGCUGCACCAACUCUGGCAACUGGUACGCUCUCUCUGAGGGCAAGUAUCCAACAGUGACGGACAAGGCGCCCGAAGCAAGGUACUACAACCCCGACGUCUACGACUCCCGCAAGAAAUCGCCUCUGCCAAUCUCGAAAGCUCUGUACCAAGGAGUCCACUACAUGUCGCUGUCGUCUGACAUCAAUGCGGAAGGAAGACACAUUGCCGGGCACAAUAGACUGACAAUCGACGCUCCCACUCAAGGCGGUGACGAGAUGUCGCUGAAGCCGAUCAAUGCUUUCCAACAGGGGCAGAACUUUACCUGGUGGCAGGUGGCCAUCAUCUUAACCCUCGUCAGUGUGCUGAGCGGCUCUGGAGGCUACGCAUAUAAGAUGAAGGACACCAUAGAGUGGGAUAAUUUCAAACAGUUCAAGGUGCCGGAAAUUCUUCCAAACGGACCGGAGGCCAAAAUCGCACCUGAGACGGAGCCAACUAUGGUUCGUGAGGCCGAACCUGCCCAGGAGACCAUAUUCCCUCACGAUGCUGCCUCUCCUGCACCCCAUGUGAGGUUUGCGGAGCCAUCUCGUGGAGACAGCCCAACCAAGUCCGAGGCCGACGUUGAGGAUGAUGAGACCCCGAAGAAGAAGAAAGCGACCAGAGGCAAACGCGCCGGUAAGAAGCACAAGGAGAAGGAGAAUGCCCAACUCGAGGCCAAAAACGCCAAAAACGACACACUCAUUCCUCGCCCUGCUGCAGUCAUCAGUGUCGCUGCUUCAGAAAGUGCUGAGUUGUCUGGACCGUUGAAGAUCAACAAUCUCGUCAUCCACACCGACAAGAUGAUAGGCCAGGGGAGCUGCGGUACCAUAGUCUACGAAGGCUCGUUCGAAGGCCGCGGCGUAGCUGUAAAGCGCAUGCUUUCACAGUACUACGAGCUGGCGUCCCAGGAAGUCUCCUUCUUGCAACAAAGCGACGAUCACCCGAACGUUGUGCGCUACUUCUGCCAACAGAAAGACGACCACUUCCUCUACAUUGCUGUCGAGCUAUGCCAAGCUAGUCUGUUUGAAGUGUGGGAGACAGAGAAGGCAAAGACGGAAGAAAGACAACGUCAGCUGAAGACCUUGAAGGUCUCUAUGCAACAAGACAUGUCCAAAACACUUCAGCAACUCGCGGCAGGCCUGUGUCAUUUACACAAACUUCGGAUCAUCCACCGAGACAUCAAGCCGCAGAACAUCCUCGUUGCCUACCCUAAGAAGACACAACCGGAUGCCAAUAGACUGGUGAUUUCAGACUUCGGGCUUGGCAAGAACCUCCCGGAGAACGUCAGCACUCUCGUCGACCCGACUGGCAAUGCAGGAACAUCUGGCUGGAAGGCCCCAGAGCUGAUAUCGCAACCACGUGAGAUCACUAACCAAAACACUCAUAGCACUUCCAAGGACGGCAGUGACAGUGGCAUUGGCGGGGUCAGUGGUGUGAAACGUGCGGCGGAUAUCUUCUCACUCGGGUGUCUUUUCUUCUGGGUGUUGACCGAUGGUGUGCAUCCUUAUGAGGAUGAGAAUGGAUGGCAACAGCUCCGUGAGCUCAAUAUCAAGAGAGAUAACAAGACGCUGGAUGCUCUCAACCGUUGGUCUGACGCGUAUGAGCCCCUGCAGCUGAUAACAUCAAUGCUGGCGUAUCAACCAGAGAAACGUCCAACAGCUCAAGCAGUCCUCAACCACCCUUACUUUUGGGCACCCGAGAAGCGACUGGCCUUCCUUUGCGACGUCUCCGACCAUUUCGAGCGCGAACCCAGGGGCACCUACGAUGACUGGUAUAGGACGGAUUCUGCUACCCUGCGCAUCCUAGAAGAUCGCGCCUUCGAAGUCAUUGGCGCGCCAAUCAGUGACGAUAUCCCUCCAAACUUCUUGGCCAAACUGGACCGCUCAUUCGUGGAUACCUUGGGCAAGCAACGCAAGUAUAGCGGGGAUCGAUUGCUGGAUCUGUUGCGGGCUUUAAGGAACAAGAAGAAUCAUUAUGAGGACAUGCCGGAACACGUCAAGAGACAGGUUGGGCCUCUUGCCGGUGGCUACCUAAGCUACUGGUGUGAACGCUUCCCGAGAUUAUUGAUGACCUGUUAUGAGGUGGUUCAUGAAGCGAGAUUGCAAGGGACCGACCGCUUUAAGGGGUACUUCGAGUUGGGUAACGAUUGA